AUGACACUCCCCGAUAAGAGAGAAACAGACAUUACUGUGGUUUCAUACAUUUCCAACGAAUUCACGGAUGAGCUCCCUAGAGCAUCGCCACCAAAAAGACACAUAAUGGACUUGUUGUCUUUAAAAGGUAAAGUAGCAGUUGUCACCGGUGCUGCGAGAGGUAUUGGCCUUGCGAUUGCGGAAACGUUUGCUGAAGCAGGUGCUGCUGUCGCCCUUGUAGAUUACACCGACUGCUCAGAGCAAGCUCUCAAGUUAGCAACCAGGCUCAAGGUGUGUACCAAGGCAUUCCAAUGUGACGUUGCCGAUUUAAAACGAGUCGAAGGAACAGUUCAGGCCAUCGAAAAGGAAUUUGGUACCAUUGAUGUUUUUGUCGCUAAUGCUGGUAUAGUAUGGAAAACUGGUAACAUCAUAGACGAAGUCAACCGAGAUGGUAAGACUUGGCAAACUAUUAUGGAUGUUAACUUGAACGGUGCUUACUACUGUGCCCAGGCGGUUGGCAGAAUAUUUAAGAAAAAUGGUAAAGGCUCUUUCAUUGUUACUUCCUCCAUGUCUGCUUCUAUUGUCAAUAUUCCUAUGAACUUGACCCCAUAUAACGUCAGCAAAGCUGGUGUUAAACAUCUUGCCAAAUCCUUAGCUAUCGAAUGGGCUGGUUUUGCUAGAGCAAACUCCAUUUCUCCAGGUUAUUGCGACACUGGUCUUAACGAUCAUUUACCAAGAGAAUCCCGUGGUAAGAUGUGGGCUCUAAUCCCAGCUGGCAGAGAAGCUUUACCAUACGAAAUCGCCAGUGCUUAUUUAUACUUGGCUUCUGACGCUGCUUCUUAUAUUACCGGUUCUGACAUAGCCAUUGAUGGUGGCUACACAUCCAUCUAA